UCUGAAAAAUGAAAGGUUACAAACAAAAUUCAGAUUAACCUCCGUCUCCACGCUCUCAGUCACCGAUCUCACCUUAAUCCACCGGAUUUUCGUCACCCAAUUUCACCUAGGGUUUCACUAAUUUCACUGAUUCAGCUAUCGCGACAUUGAAUUCACCGAUAAUCCGCAAUUUCGCACGUUAAUCGCAAUUCAAUCGACCAAAGUUUUUAUUAUCAUAAUGGCAGUUGAGUUGCUACGUGUUUUGGUUAGUGGCAAGUGGGUGGUAUGAGAAUCUUGGACAAUAGAAAGAAUUUGUUCAUUAAUGGAGAAUUCAACGACAAUGAUUGGUUCUAAAGGAGUAAUAAAAAAACAUGAAUUUGUAAGGAUUCUUAUUCAGUGUCUGUAUUCGUUAGGCUAUGACAAAUCUGCAAGUUGUUUGGAGUCAGAAUCCGGGAUUUCGUACAAAUCUUCUGAAUUUAAGCUGCUUGAAUCGUUGGUCGUUGGUGCUGAUUGGGAGGGUUGUAUCGAUAACCUUUACGGGAUAAAAGAACUGACAGAUGAACAAAGGGACACUGCGUUAUUUCUUGUUUCUAAACAGUACUUUGUGGAGUGUUUGGGCCAAGGCGACGAUUCUUUAGCUUUAUCCCUUUUGCGUAAACAGAUUUCAAAAUUGAAAGUGGGCAGAGAGAAAGUGCACAUGCUUGCUUUUGGUCUGCUUUCACUCGGUACGAAUAAAGUUCAUGACGACAACGGUUUUCAAGAAUUGAGAAAAUAUCUUAUAAAUGAAUUGGAACAAGUGAUUCCACCACCUAUCACCGUGCCUGAUAAACGAUUGGAACACUUGGUUGAAACGGUGGCUGCAUCUCAAGUUAAUUCUUGCAUCUACCACAAUUCUCUUGAUCCAGUAUCAAUCUAUAAGGAUCAUCGAUGUGGUCGGGAUCAACUCCCGACGGAAACUGUCCAGAUUUUGUCUGCCCACAAGAAUGAAGUGUGGUUUGUUCAGUUCUCUAACAAUGGGAACUAUUUAGCAUCUUCAUCAAGUGAUUGUACAGCCAUUAUAUGGAAGGUACUAGAAGAUUCCAAAUUGGUUCUAGAACAUACAUUAAAAAGUCACCAAAAUCCCGUUUCUUUCGUAGCAUGGAGCCCAGAUGACACAAUGCUAUUGACAUGUGGCAACUCAGAAGUCCUUAGGCUUUGGGACGUAGAAACCGGUACAUGUAAGCACACGUUUGGCGACAACGGGUUCCUAGUCAGCUCUUGUGCGUGGUUCCCGGACUCAAACCGACUCGUUUGCGGUAGUUCCGACCCGAAAAAGGGCAUAUGCAUGUGGGAUUGUGAAGGGAAUGAGAUAAAGGCGUGGAGAGGAAUAAGGAUGCCGAAAAUUUCGGAUAUCGCGGUUACCCCGAACGGAGAGUAUUUGAUUAGUAUCUUUUCAGAUCGUGAUAUUCGGAUAUUAAACGUGGGCAUGAAUACCGAACGGGUUAUUUCCGAAGAGCAUCCGAUAACGUCUCUUUCGGUUUCGGGAGAUAGUAAAUAUCUGAUUGUUAGUUUAAACAGUCAAGAGAUUCAUAUGUGGGAUGUUGAAGGGUGCUUUGAAAAACCGUUGAGGUAUAAAGGGCAUCGGCAACAUAAGUAUGUGAUACGUUCUUGCUUUGGUGGCGCGAAUGGGAUGUUUAUUGCUAGUGGCAGUGAGAAUUCACAGGUUUAUAUUUGGAAUAGGCGUAUUUCUGAUCCAGUCGAGGUGCUUUCCGGCCAUUCAAUGACGGUAAACUGUGUGAGCUGGAACCCCAAGAGACAUCAAAUGCUAGCAUCUGCCAGCGAUGAUCAAACGAUUCGCAUAUGGGGCCCGCAGUCAGAGAAGGCAUGUAGCAAAGGAUUAUAGUUGGUCAAAACAUGUUUUGUUUUCUUUAUGUUUUUUGUUGAUACAUAGUAUUUGUGCAGCAAUCUGUUUUGACUUCUUGCAUUUUGGUUCAUAGUUUGUUGCAUCUUUUUGUUUGUUUUAUAGUUUAAUAAAUAAGUUUUUGAUUUUGUAGGGUUGAUAUUUUCUUAUAUGAGUAGUUUAUGUGAAUGUAAGUUCAGUUAUUUCUGUA